UCAAAUGCAUCAAUGCGGUGCUGUAAGGCAUUUUCUUGGCUUAGAAAUUCAGCGACAAAGGAAAUAGGAACAAUUUCUCUAAAUCAGAAGAAGUACAUUAAAUCUGUGCUUGAAACACACGGAAUGCAGGAGUGUAGAGAAGUUGCAACACCACUUGAUCCAGGUUUUCAAGUCGGAUGAAGAGACGAGAAAUAUGUUAAGGUAAAUGUCACUGAAUAUCAAUCACUAAUAGGUUCUCUGAUGUAUUUAGCAGUCUUGAGUCGCCCAGAUAUUUUGCACGCUGUUAGUAAGCUUUCUAGGCGUAAUACUGAUCCACAUACAGAACACGAAACAGCGGCUAAACACACAUUGCGUUAUCUUUCGGCUACAAUGAAUUUAAGUAUUGUAUAUCGUAAGACUGGUGACUAUGUAAAAGGGUUCGCUGAUGCAGAUUGGGCUAAUGAUCCAUACGACAAAAAGUCAUAUUCGGGUUAUGCAUUCCAUUUGGGAAGCAGGGCAUUUUCAUGGGCUUCAACAAUACAAAAUGUAACAGCUUUAAGCAGCACUGAAGCCGAGUACGUGGAUUUAGCAACAGCAACGAAGCAAGCAGUUUACAUCCAAAGAUUAUUAAAUGAAAUAGGUUGGUCGAAUACAGCUCCAAUGGUUUUUUAUGGUGUAAUAUCAGUGCGCAGCAUAUAGCAUGUAAUCCAGUUCAUCACAA